CUGAUUGCUAUUAGGGCUGGGAGAAGGGAAUUCCUGGUUCCACGGGCCCACGGGGGCCCUGGGCAGAUCCCGGGGUCGGGAGGGGAGGCGCGGGGGGGGGGGGGGGGAGUGCCACCUGGGUGGCCUCCCUGUCCCCUGCCAAGCCUACCUCUCACACGCCUGCACCUCCCCCUCCGUGGAGCCCUCGCCUGCUGUCUCCUGGCGUCUCCAUAUCAGCCCCUCAGUACAUUGGAACAACCAGUGGGGGCCCCCCUCCUGGACCUGUGCCCCCAGAAGGCCCAGUGGGAGCUGCCGAGGGAAGGCUCCCGCAAGUGGACAGCGAACGCCCCUCUCUCCAGGAUGCGCGGGAGAUUAACAGCUGGACUCUGGCCACAGUGCUCGGGCCAACUUGACGUCACCAGGCAGAGAGAUGAGUUCCCAGUGGGGCUCUGGGUGGGGGGGGCUCCUGAGCAGGGCAUUCCUUCCCCAAGCCUCAUCCCGCUCCGCCCCUCCUCCUCCCCCCUCCCUUCCCUCCUGCCGGGCCUGGAAUUGGGUUUGGGGCGGGUUCUGCUUCCAAAGCCAUCUCCCCAGCAGCAGGCGCGGGCUCUCCACACUCUGGGCUUUCGUUUGCUGAGGCUCCAGCCCCGCUCCACACUGGCCUGCCGCCUCGGGGAUCGCAGGCGGAGGCGGGCAUCACCGAAGCGCCCUCCACAAAGGGGCGGCCUGGAGGGUCCGGACAGCUGCAGGCCUGAGGCACCUGAAGUGGAGUUGGCAUUGGAUGAGGCCGUUUGUGAAGUUUUCUGGAAGGUGGGGUGCGCCGGCCAGUGAGCUGUGAGCAGAACCGCGAGGAAUCGGGACUCCCCAGGCCCGGAGAUGGCUGCGAACGGCUCCUGGGAGACCCAUCCCACCCACAGGAACAAGAUGUAUCCGGGCGUGCUCGGGGCCCCGGAGUUCCACAGCCGCGGCUUCCUGACCAUCGAGCAGAUCGCCACGGUGCCGCCGCCGCCCGUCGUGAACUACAUCUUCCUGCUGCUCUGCCUGUGCGGCCUGGUGGGCAACGGGCUGGUGCUCUGGGUCUUCGGCUUCUCCAUCAAGAGGAGCCCCUUCUCCGUCUACUUCCUGCACCUGGCGGGCGCCGACGUGGGCUACCUCUCCAGCAAGGCCGUGCUCUCCAUCCUGAACACCGGCGACUUCCUGAGCACCUUUUCCCAGUACGUCCGGGCCGUGUCCAGGAUCCUGGGGCUCUGCUCGUUCCUCGCCGGGGUGAGCCUACUGCCAGCCAUCAGCUCCGAGCGCUGCCUGUCGGUCGUCUUUCCCGCCUGGUACUGGCGGCAGCGGCCCAAGCGCCUGUCGGCGGUGGUGUGUGCCCUGCUCUGGGCCCUGUCGCUCCUGGUCACCGGCAUCCACAACUACUUCUGCGUGUUCCUGAGCCGCCAGGACGCCAGGGCGGCCUGCACGCACAUGGACAUCUUCCUGGGCGUCCUGCUCUUCCUGAUCUUCUGCCCGCUCAUGGUGCUGCCCUGCCUGGCACUCAUCGUGCACGUGGAAUGCCGGGCCCGGCGGCGCCAGCGCUCCUCCAAGCUCAACCACGUCAUCCUGGCCGUGGUCUCCGUCUUCCUCGUGUCCUCCAUCUACCUGGGGAUCGACUGGUUCCUCUUCUGGGCCUUCGGGAUCCCGGCCCCCUUCCCCGAGUACGUCACCGACCUGUGCAUCUGCAUCAACAGCAGCGCCAAGCCCGUCGUCUACUUCCUGGCCGGGAGGGACAAGUCGCAGCGGCUGUGGGAGCCGCUCAGAGUGGUCUUCCAGCGCGCCCUGCGAGACGGCUCCGAGCUGGCCGAGGCUGGGGGCGGCACACCCAACACCGUCACCAUGGAGAUGCAGGGCCCCUCUGGGAAUGCCUCCUGAGAGAUGGGCGCCUGGAGGGGAGGCAGGGACCCGAGGGACCUCCGGAGACCCUUUGUCGGGGACGGGCCUGGGCAGCUGCCCUGGUGCCCGAGUACAAGGAGGAAAGUCUGCUUCCGGCCCCUCGGCCUCCUUCUCCCGGGGCUGGAGGCUCUGUGAGUGACCAAGAGACAGCAGCCGCCUGCAAACAGGCCCUGAGGCCCUGCCAGGCUCCCCCAGGGGUCUCCUGCACCAGCACCCCCUGUACAGAGUGCCCCCCAGUGGGGGGCUCUCCUCACCCCAGGCUGGUCUGGGAAGGAGAGGAGGGGGCCGCCAAGCCCUGUCCACCUGCUGCCCCUCUGAACGCGCCCCCCUUGAAAGUGACGCAGCCAUCACAGCACCGGUGGGCCACCAGCACCUCCCGCGUGGGGCACCUGUUCUCGCCACGCCACCCUCUCAAGGCAGUGUCGGUGGCAUACCUGAGUGAGCGGAGAGGGUCCGGGGUAGCCUGCCUGUGGCUCAGUCUUUCUGCAGGUGAUGUCCCUGCCCCCUUGAUGAAUCCUUGGUGACUUUCUCGGGUGUGUUUCUGGUCCCAGAAGACAGGUGGGGACAGGAGGACCUUCGGCCAGCUCAGAAAGGUCACCCUCCUUUCUGGCGCCAUGCCAGCCUCGGCAGCCUUCCGGAGCACACGGCGCGUGCCGGCUGCCGCCCCCUGGGCCUUGGGUGCCUGCAGACCAUCCGGAAGUGGGCCCUGGUUCGACCUGGCCACCCGGCCCACCUCCAAGCACAGUGGCCCAGCGUAGCCAAAGGAAGUUUUAUGAAAUAAAUGUAUAUCAAUAAACGUUUUAUAUCUUA